AUGAACGAACUUAAGCCAGCAACACGCUACACCAGCACCUCUCUUCACGAGGCUGUCAAGCUGCGCCUGGACGAGCCGGGAUCCUUCUCGCAGGGAGUCGUCCCUCACACCAUACCCCAAUUCUUCGCGGAGGUGUGUGAAAAGUAUCCGGAACUGCCCGCCUUGGAGUGGGAAACCCCAGGAGCCGGAGUCGAUGGCUGGACAACUUUGAACUACCGCGGGUAUCAGAAGCAGGUGGAGCAGGCUGCCCUUAUGCUCCUGAGCGUGGGCCUCGAGGAGCGGAGUUCGUUGGGCAUUCUUGCUUUCAAUUGUCCGGAGUGGUUCUUUGCUGAAUUGGGCGCUUUGAGAGCUGGUGCUGUUGUGGCAGGAAUCUAUCCCAGCAACUCGGCAGAGGCCGUAUAUCACGUCCUGGCCACCGGAGAGUCCACCGUAUGUGUGGUGGAUGAUGCCCAGCAAAUGGCCAAGCUGAGAGCUAUCAAGAAGCGUUUGCCACGACUGAAGGCAGUGAUCCAGCUACACGGACCUUUCGGGAACUUUGUUGACCAGGAGCCAGGCUACUUCAGUUGGCAGAAUCUGCAGGAAAGGACCUUUUCCAAAGAGCUCAAGGAGGAGCUAAAGGCCCGUGAAGGUCGAGUGUAUGCCAACGAGUGCGCCAUGCUGAUAUUCACUUCGGGCACUGUGGGCUUUCCGAAGGCUGUGAUGCUCAGCCACGACAAUAUUAUCUUUGAAGGCAAGUCCGCAAAAGCUUUCCUGGAGAAUAUGAUAAUCGGAUCGGAGCGUCUUGUGUCCUAUUUGCCUCUGAGCCAUGUGGCUGCCCAGAUUACUGAUUUGAUGUUUGGUCUAAUCUGUGCCGGAUGCGUGACAUUUGCUGAUAAGGACGCCCUUAAGGGGACCUUGAUAAAGACCUUCCGAAAGGCGAGGCCCACGGCGAUAUUCGGAGUGCCCCGAGUCUUUGAGAAGAUGCAGGAACGACUGGUGGCUGCAGAGGCGAAAGCUAAUCCCCUCUCCAGGCUGCUACUGGCCCUGGCUCGAGCUUCGGUUGCUGAAUAUAGGACUACAUUGAUUGAGGGAAAAACCCCCUCAAUGUCUGAAAGUGUUAAGUAUUGGCUGGCGUCUCGCCUUGUAAAACGAAUUCGUGAGAUUAUUGGCUUGGACCACUGUCGCUAUAUCUUGACGGGCUCGGCUCCCGUUUCCGUUGAGGUGAAGCAGUUUUUCCUGAGCCUCGAUAUGCCUCUGGGCGAGUGCUAUGGGAUGUCGGAGAGCGGAGGUAUUGUCUCUAUGAAUGUCGGUAAUCAAAUGAGCAAUUUGCACAGUGCGGGUCCUACGAUGAAGGGACUGACUAUAAAAGUCCAGGACUCGGAUGGGAGUGGCCAGGGGGAGAUUCUGAUGCGGGGACGAACUAUUUUCAUGGGUUACCUGGGACUGCGGGAGAAGACCGAAGAGGUCAUCAAGGAGGAUGGUUGGCUGCACUCCGGCGACUUGGGGUACAUCGAUCCCAAAGGAAACCUCGUGAUCUCUGGUCGGCUCAAGGAGCUCAUCAUCACCGCCGGCGGGGAGAACAUUCCCCCGGUGCAGAUCGAGGAUCUAAUAAAGAAGGAGCUGCCCUGCGUGAGCAAUGUCCUGCUAGUCGGCGACCAUCGCAAGUAUCUGACAGUGUUGCUGUCCCUGAAGACGAAAUCCGAUGCCACAACGGGGAUUCCAUUGGAUGCAUUGCGUGAGGAGACCGUCGAGUGGCUCCGCGAUUUGGACAUCCACGAGACCAGUCUUUCUAGUCUUCUAAACAUUCCGUCGGACCUUCGGCUUCCCAACGACGCAGCAGCUGUGUCUGCUGCCCUGGACAUCAUUGCCGAACCCAAGCUCCUUGAAGCCCUCGAAGAGGGUAUAAAGCGAGCAAACAAGAAUGCCAUCUCCAACGCGCAGCGGGUUCAGAAAUUUGCCCUCAUUCCCCACGAAUUCUCCCUGGCCACUGGAGAAUUGGGUCCGACGCUCAAGAUCCGGCGGAGCAUUGUUCACGACAAAUAUGCCAAGGUCAUAGACCUUCUGUACAAGUAA